AACACAGACUGGAACAAGUAUGAUGAUCGGCUGAUGAAGGCAGUGGAGCGUCGCGAAGUGGACAAAGUUGCUGCUGUUCUCAGCAAGAAAGGCAUCAUUCCCACCAAGCUUGACGUCGAAGGACGUUCUGCGUUUCAUUUGGCAGCAGCACGAGGACAUCUUGAUUGUCUCAACGCCAUUCUUGGACACAACGUUGAUAUCACUGCAAGUGACGCUGCUGGUAAAAAUGCUCUUCAUCUGGCUGCUAGAAAUGGACAUUCGUUGUGCGUGCAGAAACUGCUGCAGCACAACUGUCCUGUUGGAAAUGUGGACCUACAAGGACGCAGUGCUCUGCACGAUGCUGUCAUGGCGGGCUGCUCCUCCAGUGUGAAACUCCUUUGUGACAGCGGGGCUUCUGUGAAUGCCUGUGACUUUGAUGGCAGGACUCCUCUAACCCUGGCUACCCAGUUAUCUCAUUCUCAUAUUUGUGAGCUGCUGCUCGAGCGAGGAGCUGAUAUCUCUGUCCGAGAUAAACAAAACAAGACGACACUGAUUUUAGGCUGUGAGACCGGCUGCAAGGACGCUGUUGAGGUGCUGCUGAAGAACGGUGCUGAUGUGAAAGCAGUGGACAGCCUGGGUCACGAUGCAUAUCACUACGCUCGUCAAAACAAGAACCCCGAGCUCACCGCGUUAGUCAAAAGUUACCUUGAUAAGGCUAACAGAGAAAAAGAAGCUGCAAAGGUAGAUCAGUGGAAGCGACAGCUUUCAGUGGAGAGAUCAGAUGCAGCUGAGGCCAACAGAAAGGAUCAAAUUAUAUACGAUCUAGAACGGCAGAAUGAGAGCCUUCAGGGAAACAUUAGGAAGUACCACCAGGAGCAGAAAGUUCUGCUGGAUAAGGUCAACAUCCUGCAGCAACAACUCACACAGGAAAAAAUGGCUGCCGAUGUUUCACUAAAAGAGAAGGAGAAGCUGAAAGUGUUACUCAAAGAAAAAGAGGAAGGGGCUCGAGCAGCAGAGACGGUUAAAGUUCAGCUCCAGAGUACUUUGGGGGAGUACUCUGGCCAGUCUGUUAUCAAAGGUAAAAAUAUUUUGGUAAAACAAGCUCACAGUCUGGAUUCUGACAAGAUUAUCCAGAAUUCUGCCGCGUCCAGACAAUUCCAGAAGAGUCCGACUCAAAUCAGCUGGGAUCUCUCUGAAUUGGAGGCACUUCGACGGGAUCUUGAAGUGGUGAAGAGAAAGCAACAGGCAGCGGAGGAGGAGACGGCACAGCUUCAGGCUGCGCUGAGCCGUAAAACCCACGAGUGCCAGGAACUGGCUCAGAGCCGGGACGCCAUCCAGAAACAGGCCGACCAGCAGAUUCAGGACCUGGAGGACGCCUUGGGAGAUGUCCAGAAGCGAAUGCUGGACUCUGAGUGCAAGGUCAAGCAGCUGCAAGCUCACGUCGUGGCCGUGAAGGAACACUUGGGCGGCCAGGCUACAGAGGAGCUGCGCGCGCAGCUGCUCGACGUGAAGUCCAAAUACGAGGGCGCUUCGGCUGAAGUGGGCCGCGUUCGCAACCGCCUCAAACAGAGCGAGAAGGCCUUGGAGGAGUACAAGAGCAGUGAGAGCCAGCUGGCAGCAGAAACAGAGCGGCUGCACCAGGAGCUGGAGGCUCUGACCGGUGAACGAGACGGACUCGCAGACACCCUCCUGCAGAAGGAGGCCCAGCUGAAGGAGGCCCAGAGUAAACAGGCCAGCACAGUGCCCGCCGAGAAGUUCGACAACAUGAAGAACCUGCUGACCAACGCCGUGGACGAGAAGGAGCGGCAGCUGGCCGAGCUCAGGGAGGACUACGACCGCGUGCUGGAGGACAUGGCCGAGCUCCACCGGAAGUUAGACGGUCCAUCAUCCCAGGGACCACCGGGGCUGAUGUCCACCGAGGAGCAUCAGAGGGCGGUGGCUGCUCUGGAAGAACAGAACGCCUCUCUGAAACGCACGCUGAUGGACGUGACCAACCGGAGCAAGGCUCUCAUUCAGGAGCUGGAGGAGAGCGAGGAGGACCGGGARGUGCUGCGAGAGCAGCUGGACGAGCUGAACAGCCGGAUCACGAGCGAGUUCAUCCCCGCGAAGGAUCACGAGGAGAUCGGGAAGAACAUGGUGACCGCUCUGGAGGAGCUGGAGGACAAACUGGUGGAAGCCAGCGAACGUUAUGGAAAAGCCGAGGCGCAGGUUCAGCAGCUCCAAACGGAACGAGCCUCGUCGCAGGAGACCGUGCGCAGCCUCAGAGACACCUGCGAUGCACAUCAGAGGGACAAGGACGCGCUGGAGACUCAGAACGCUGAACUGACAAAGAAACUUGAACUCCUGCAGAAGAGAGCCGAAGACGAAGAGAGAGAACGAGAGCAGCUGACUGCACAGAACCAGACUCUGGAACAGAACAUGAGGGAGCAGUUUGUUCCCAAACAGCAGCACGAGCAGGUGAAGCUGGAGCUGAGCUCUGCCUUAGAAAGGGUGAAAGCAGACAUGUUGAAGUUGGAGACCAAGGAGAAGGAAAGUGGGAUGGAGCUGAAGAAUGUGAAUGAAGGAAAGGAGAAGUUGAAAGAGCAGCUGGAAAAAGUUAUGUUGAAGAUGAAGCACGAGUAUAUCAGCGUGGAAAAGCACCGAGCCGUCACGGACAAGCUGAGCGCCGCUGCAGUCCAGGCAGAAAACCGGGCGAACGAAGCUUCAGCGAAGCACGCUGUGACUCAGGAGGAGGUGGCUAAACUCACCGAAGAACUGCAAGCUCAGAAGAAAGAACUGGACACCAUACAGGAGGCGAUUCAGUCCAAGUUUGUCCCGCUGACAGCAGCUGAGGAGAAGGAGACCUCCUACAGCGCCCAGGUGAAGGAGCUGACAAACAAGCUGAGGGAAGUGGAGGAAAAAUACAACACAGAGAGAACAGAAAAGGAGAACGUCAGGAAGGAAAAAGAGAAUCUGGAGUCUGAUUUGAAGUGUGUUCAGCAGAGACUGGACGAGGUUUUGACUCGCAGUGAAACGCACAAUAAAGCAGAGGAAGAGUUUCAUUCUAAAUGUGAGGUUUUGACUCAGAAGARGGUCAACUUGGAGCAACAGCUCAAGGAGGUAACCCUUCAGAAAGAUGGCCUUCAGGAGCAGAAUGCUCUGUGCAACGCUCAGAUCCAGAACCUCCAAGAACGCCUGAAAUCAGAGCUGAGUCGGAUAGCAACCUAUGACACGGAGCUGCAAACCCUCCAUGACGCCACGCAGCAAGCUCACACAGACUGCAAGAGAGCCAGAGAGGCCCAGCAGGAGGAGGCCCAGAGAGUCUGCGUCUUACAGAAAGAGCUCCAGGAUCACAGCCGGGACCAGACCUCCCUGCUGCAGCGACAUGCUGAGGCCAGCGCAGCUCUGGAGGCCGAGGUGGCGAAGCUUCGAGCGUCUCUACGUGAAGAGGAAGAGAGCAACGCUCAGAGGGCCGAGGACGUGUCCGCCCUGCAGUCUGAGCUGCUUCAGGCCACCCAGGCCCUCGAGGAGAUCCGCUACAAGGAAGACCAAACGAACCGGCUGGAGAAGGAGAGGCAGCAGCUGGAGGAGGAGGCUGCCAGCCUGAGCAACAAGCUGCAGACGCUGGCAGAGGAGCGAGACGAGGCCCURCUGGAGGCGAGGCGAGCCAGAGAGGGCGAGAGCAAGGCCAGGGCCGAGCUGGAGGCCGUCCAGGAGAAGGGCCGAGCUGUGGAGACGGAAAUCAGGGAGCUGAAGGGAAGGUACGACCAGUCACUCAGUACCAUCUGUGACCUSCAGAAGAGGAUUCAGACAUCAGCUCAGCAGACUGAAACCAAAGAUAAGAAGAUCACAGAGUUGUUGACAGAUGUGGAGCGGCUGAAGCAGGCGCUGAACGGUCUGUCCCAGCUGGCCUACACCAGCAGCGCACCAACUAAGAGACACACGCAGCAAAUCGACACACUGCAAACCCAGAUCAAGAGCCUACAGCAACAGCUGGCUGAUGCUGAGAGGCAGCACAGAGAGGUGGUCUCAAUUUAUCGCACUCACCUCCUGAGUGCAGCACAGGGUCACAUGGAUGCGGACGUUCAGGCGGCCUUACUGCAGAUCAUCCGAAUGAGACAAGAGUUCCUGUGUUAAAGCCUCAAAGCUGCUGCUGGCCCCUCUUCYUCCUCGUCAUCCUCGUCACAUCUUCCCACCACAGCUGCCUUCCUUUGACCCCUGAGACUGCGUAGUGUAUGUGUGUGUGUGUUUGUGUGUGUGUGUGAACACAUUCUCCCAAAAGGCUGUUCUAAAUUUCUAAAAUGUUCUCUUUUAUUUUUGUAGUUUAGCUGCUCUUUGAUUCUUUGAUAGAAGACUAACUGCAGCUUUUAAUGUGCUUCAGCAGAAACACAGGAAGUUYAAUCUCAAUUGACAAUACUAACGACUCAUUUUAAACUUAAAACAGUUUAUUUCACUUUUGUAAAAUCUUUUAGGAAUGACUUUAAAUAGUUUUUAUUCAAGCAGCUCUGACCCAUUAUUUCAGUAAUCUAGAAGUUAUUGGAAACCUGGGUUCUUUUGUUGSGUCAUAAAUGAUCGCAAAUCAUAAAAAACCUGGACGUGAACCCAAAGACCACUUUUCACAUUCCCACUGACAGUCACCAUCGAUACAGAAAGGUCUCGUUUUUAUUUAAAUGCAGCGUUGCUCAGCUUUAAAGGACAAGUUCAUAUUUUUUUUAUUGUGCACGGGCGCUGAAGUGCAGCAGCGGGUUCCAAAGUUAGGGUCGGGGGACUCCAUUGUGAGUCAUGAAACACUAAGUGUGGGGUCUUAAGAUAAUCUUAAGGAAUCAAACUAAAUGUAAAAACAAAAUGAUUCUAGGUAACUUUUUACAAUUAUUGUUACAAGAGAUAAAAAAAGCUGUUGUACAUUAAAAAAUAAGUAAAAUGGUUCAGUUAUAACUUAGUUCUUGUUAUAUCCUYUUGGUUUGACUUCUCAGACACAUUUCUGUAUGUCAGCAACAUUUGGUGCCUGGAAGUCWUUUAUUUUGUGUCAUUUUGGGAACUACUGAGUGAGAGGAUGUGUAUUUAUUCCUCCUGACAUUCUGACCCAGUAGAAUCUGUAAAAACAACUUGACAUGUUUGACUAUUUAUACAAGUAAAAAUAAUUUUAAAUCGAUGUAUGAUAAGGCUGUUAAACUGAAGAGACAAAGAACUAAAUAAUAUUUACCUGAAGGAAAGCUUGCGGCUCUGUUUCAGAUAUGAUGUCUUAAAAUGUGGUUAAUAUAAAUGUAAAUGAAUAAAUUUAUUUCAGUACACUGAAUAAAUGUUAAUACUUUUAAAGUUUAGUGAUGAUGAGAAGUCAAGACACCCCUGAGCAUCUGUAUUUGUAUACAUGAAAGUCUAUUUUUACUCAUAGUUUUUAUUGUGUUUCCUUGUGAAGCAGCAGGGAAUUCACUGUUAAAAAAAGAUUACAUUAAAAUCACUAACCUCAAGAAACACUUUAAAAAUAUAUUAAUUUGAACCCAUUCUUCAGCAAUGGAGUUCUUGUUUUCUCAGUUUACAGAUUUGUGAAUYAAGUAUAAAAAUCCCAUUUAAAAAAAGUGAAUUGGUCCUUUAAGCUUGUUCACGCAGUUAAACCAUUUUCUGUGAAUCAGGCCGUUUUUAUGGCACAUCUGUUUAUCUUCUGGCGGUCCAAAUUUGAUGAUUACCGGUACGAGUUCAAUCCAAAGCUUACAACAGUGAGGACUUUUUGUUUUUAGAGAAGUCCAGCAGUUGGAGGUGGAUUUGUAACGUUUGUGUCCCUCACAGUCAGGUUCCAGGAGUCUGGGCUCUGUUCAUGCAGGGUUACAGUCAGUGGCCGUCUCUUGCCCUUUCCUAAAGUUUGCAGUGAAACGKCGUCUUCUGUUUUUCUUUUGUUUUUUUCUUCUUUUUUUUUUUUAACCAGAGUGUCCUCUAGUGGUGAGACUUGGCAGGCCAAGUUKAUAGAAACUAAAACUCCCAGCGGCUCAGGAGUAUUCAGCUGGUGUAGGAAGUUGUCAGCGCUCCAUCCUUUUACUUAAUUAACUACAUAUGAAUAAAAAGAGGAAGAGAUAUUUUAAAACUAAUUAGUUGGCCUCUUUGCACAGCCACAUUAAACCUGUGAAGCUUGUCUGGAAACUGAAUCCACGCAGCAGGGAGCUGGGCAGCUGUCCUGAAACAGUGUUUGUGUGCUCCUGAGCCGGCGUCGUGUGACUCCUGAGGGUGUUGUGUCGUGUUGUUGUGACCGUGGAGCAAGUCUCUUACAUUGAUAUAUAUAUUUUCAUAGCUUUGUACUACUUUUGAUUAGUUACAACAACGAGACAGAGUCUGAUAUUCAGCAGGUCUGGAAUAAAAAAGCGUUCGGGGUAACGUUUUUUACCAAGAGGGACGACUUUUGUUAGGGACUAAAGAGAUCCGUUUAUUUACACAGAUAACCUCUCCUCCUAACAGGUAGUUUCUUUGAAGCACUCCUCCUCCUGUCCUCACCUUCCAAAAUACAUCCUUAAAAAAAUCAGUUUGUUCUACAGAUUUAUGGGAUUAACGCUAAUGUUUUGGAAAAUCCUCCCUGUUUUUUUUCUUCAAAUCUACAAAGUGAGUCUGUUCAAAUCUCUCUAAAGAUCUGUACUGUUUAACCAGUGUGUUGAAACUGGAUGUCAUCUUUGGUAACAAGUUCUGUUUCUUUUUCUUUUUURRUUUUUUUUUUUUUUUUGAUCAGUCAAACACAUCAAUAAAAGUGCCUAACAUAGAACACUA